AUGGCUUUCUGCGGCAGCCAAUCCGCGAUCUGGGCCAGGCAUGGCGUCCGCGGCCUGCGGCCUUUCUGCCCCGCCAGCAGCCGCGUGUCGAUCCGCAGCAAUGCAGUUGCCGAGGUGGCCACUACGGCGCUGCCAUCCGUGGCGCCGGCCUUCAAAGCCAACCUGGACUUCAAGUUUGUCAGGGACAACCUGCAGCUGAUUGCCGACAACUGCAAGCUCCGUAACAGCCCUGGGGAUCCUGCGCGCGUGGCGCAGCUGUACGACGAAUUCACGCGGCUCAAGCAGGAGAGCGACUCGCUGCGAGCCAGUCGGAACGAGAACAGCGCGGCUAUGAAGGGCAAGCUGGAGCCCGACGCGCGGCAGCAGCUCAUCUCCAAGGGCCAGGCCCUCAAGCAGCAGCUGGAAGACGUGGAGGCCCGCCUCACCUCCCUCGAAAACGCCCUGCAGGUCGAGGGCCAGCGGCUGCCCAACCUGACGCACCCCGACGUGCCGGCCGGCGGCGAGGACAACGCGACGCUGCUGCGCACGGUCGGCGUGCCGCGGGAUUUCGGGUUUGCGCCGAAGGACCACGUGACACUGGGUGAGGCGCUCGGCCUGCUGGAUUUCGAGGCCGCGGCGGAGGUGUCGGGGUCAAAGUUCUAUUACCUGAAGAACGCGGCGGCGCUGCUCGAGCUCGCGCUGGUCAACUACGCGAUGACCAAGGUUUGA